CCCCUUUGCCGUCUGUAAACUUGUUUUGCUUCGCGACAUCUAUUUAUUCUUCUUCUUCUUUGGAAAGAUCAUUUGAUUUGCAGGAAUUCUUUGAUUUAUUUGUGAAAUCUCUCGCCUUUUUUUCUGGAUCCUGUCUGGGUUCAGUGGAAGAAUUGUCGGGGGUCUGUGCAGCAGCCGGGGAAAGAUCUGGAAAGAUCGGAGAAUCGAAGCUAGGGUUUCCGUGGAACAGGGGGAAGCGAUCUUCAGCUAGGGCGAGUGGGAGGUGGAGCGAUAUACAGAGGGGAAGAUGCGAGGGAAUUGUUAUUAUGCGUGGGAGGGAACAGCGGGGAGGUGAGACUUGUGGACGGAGGAGUUUUGGCCAACACAUGCGGGCUACGACCAAGAGGACUGUAGCCGCCUGUGAUUCAUCUCUUACUGAAGCUAUCACUGCCGAUUCGUUCUGCAAGGAGGAUCGCAAGAUCUGUGUUGGCGAUUGUGCUCUUUUCAAGCCCCCACAUGAUUCCCCUCCUUUCAUUGGAAUAAUCCGCUGCUUAAUCCCAAGUGAGGACAAGAACUUGCAGUUAGGUGUUAAUUGGCUUUACCGACCAGCUGAGCUGAAGCUAGGCAAAGGCAUCCUGCUGGAAGCCGAGCCAAACGAAAUUUUCUAUUCCUUUCAUUGGGAUGAGAUAUCUGCUGCAUCCUUACUCCAUCCGUGUAAAGUUGCCUUCCUUCCUAAAGGUGUCGAACUUCCAACAGGGGUAUCUUCAUUUGUUUGCCGGCGAGUUUAUGACAUUGCAAACAAGUGUUUAUGUUGGCUAACUGAUCAAGAUUAUAUUGAUGAGCUACAAGAAGAAGUAGAUCAACUGCUACACAAGACUCGGGUAGAGAUGCAUGCAUCAUUGCAACCUGGCGGCCGUUCUCCAAAACCAAUAAAUGGUCCCAUGUCCACAUCACAAUCAAAAACAGUUUCAGAAAAUGGGCAAAAUACCGUGACGUCGUUUCCUUCACAAGUUAAGGGAAAGAAAAGGGAGCGGGGAGAUGACAGUAUUUCUGUAAAGCGAGAGAGAUCUUUUAAACAAGAUGAUUGUAAUUCUAAUAGUCUGUACAGAACUGAGAGUGCUAUUAAAUCUGAAAUAGCAAAAGUAACAGAAAGAGGGGGAGGGCUUGUGGACUCUGAAGGAGUUGACAAGCUUGUUCAGCUUAUGCAAUCAGACAGAGGAGAGAGAAAAAUGGAUUUGGUUUGUCGGUCACUCCUCGCCGCAGUGAUUGCUUCAACAGACAAAUUUGAGUGCCUUAAUCAGUUUGUGCAGCUCCGGGGUUUGCUUGUAUUGGAUGAGUGGCUUCAGGACAUUCAUAAAGGGAAUAGAAAUGGUGAUGGCAACCCAAAGGAUGGCGGUGACAAACAAGCGGAUGAACUUCUAGUAGUUUUGCUCCGUGCACUUGAUAAGCUCCCUGUGAAUCUUGAAGCACUAAAGAUGUGCAAUAUUGGCAAAUCCGUGAAUCAUUUAAGGUCACACAAGAACAUGGACAUCCAGAGGAAAGCUCGAAGCUUGGUUGACACAUGGAAGAAACGCGUUGAAAUUGAAAUGAAUAUGAUUGAUGCUAAUAAGCCUACACAAGGCGUUGCAUGGCCUUCUAAAUCACGGCUUCCGGAGACUUCUCAUAGUGGCAACAAGAAUAAUCCUGGCUGUUCGAAUGAUGUCACUCCAAAGAGCUCGGUGACACAGCUCUCCUCGAGGGCCACUUCAUUGAAAACUUUACAAGUGGAAACCGCUGCAAAAUCUGCUUCCUCUUCCCCUGUACUUGGAAAAGAGGGUCAAGCCAGAGUUUCACUUUGUGGCGGUCCUGCAGAUGUCGUUCCUGUAGUAGUGAGGGAGGAUAAGAGCAGCAGUUCUAGUCAAUCUCAUAACCACAGUCCAUCUUUCUCUGGAAAAGAGGAUGCAAGGAGUUCCACUGCAGGGUCGAUGAGCAGCAGUAAGAUCUCAAAUAAUGGUUCCCGUCACCGCAAGCCUAUCAAUGGGUUUCCCGGGGCAUCUAUUUCUGGAAUCCAUAAAGAAAGAAACAGUGCAUCACUUCACAACAAAACUUCUAACCCUGAAAAGUUAUCCCAGUCUGCAGUUGGUGAUAAAUCUAAUGACUUCUCAACCGUUGAAGGGAGAGAUCACAAGCUGAUUGUUAAGAUUCCCAACAACAGGGGCCGCAGUCCUGCACAGAGUGCAAGUGGAGGGUCUUGCGAGGAACCUAAUAUUGAGAAUAGCCGAGCUUCUUCUCCAGUGGUUUCAGAGAAACAUGACCACUCUGACCAAAUUGUGAAGGCAAAGAGUGAUGCCUAUAGAUCUAAUAAUGUAAUGUCUGAUGUCAAUGCAGAGUCUUGGCAAAGUAAUGAUUUCAAAGAUAUAUUAACUGGAUCCGAUGAGGGUGAUGGAUCACCCGCUGCCCUUCCCGAAGAUGAUGAUAGGAAAGCCGGGGACGUCCCGAAGAUUUCUUCAUCUUUUGGAACAGAACUGAAGAAGUCUGGGGACAAUCAUGAUGCUUUCAACUCCAUGAAUGCUUUGAUCGAGAGCUGUAUUAAGUAUUCUGAAGCAAAUGCAUCCAUGUCAGUUGGUGAUGCUGGUGGCAUGAAUCUACUGGCAAGUGUGGCUACUGAAGAAAUGUCAAAAUCUGAUAUGUAUUCGCCUUCUCUUUCCUCACAAAGAAAUUCCCCUGCAGUUGAGGAAACUUCAAUCGCUGCUGAUGAUUUGCGACCAAAACCUCAACCCCUUGAAAGAAUUGCAAAUGACUGCGGCCAGAAAAAUGAUAAUCUUAAUUUUGAUAAUAAACAACACGGUGACGCAAAAUCAGUUGGCGAGCGUAAUUUGGAGAUGAAUGAGGCCUCUGGUGAGAGGAGCAAUUCAGUGCUAUUAUCACCUGCAAGUGGAGCAGGUAAGGCAUAUGAAAGUGAGUCGGACAAAAGAUCUUUUGAAGAGGGGAAAAAGGCAUUUUCCACUGAUGGCCUAUCCGAUGCAAAACCUGGCACUAAUACUCUGUUAACAGGGCACAAUGCAAGCUUAAGUGACCAAAAGGGAACCGGUGAAGAGGUGAAAUUAGCGGCAGCAGCAACAGUGGAUACUGAAGUGAAUGAGAGACCUGUAAUGAAAGAGCAACCAACGACCUUUAGUAAAGACAUGAAUGCAGAUAAAUGCGGCGAUGAGGACAAAAUUCACCCCUAUCUUAACCGGUGUGGAAAGAAGAUGCAUCUUGAUAUACCUGAUCCGUUACUGGAAGAUAAAAAUUCAGUUGCUGUGGAUUCCAUUGUUAACAACAAUCCCAUGACAGAAUGCAAUGCAACCCAUGCUGUAGCUAAGCAUGAUUCUGGCCAUGUAGUGGAGAAGAAGCACAAAGGAUCAAGAGAAUCAGACAAAUCCAGCCAUCCAGUUUCCAACGGGGAGACUUGUCAUGUUCCAGAAACUGCUUCAAAAAUGAAAUUUGAUCUGAACGAAGGUUUUGCCUCGGACGAUGGAAAAUGCAGCGAUGCAAUCAGCACGCCAGUCGCUGUCGGUGGGUAUCCGACCGGUGUUCAUGUAAUCAAUCCAUUAUCAUUUCCUGUCCCAGCUUCCAUCACUGUAGCUGCUCCUGCCAAAGGCCCUUUCGUGCCACCCGAGGAGUUGUUGAGAUUCAAGGGUGAGAGGGGAGAAUUUGGAUGGAAAGGUUCUGCUGCCACAAGUGCAUUUCGUCCGGCAGAGCCAAGAAGAAUGCACGACACACCUCUUACCUCAAUAAGUUCAUCUCGUUCCACUGAUGCUCCCUCAACCUGCAAACCGAGCCGUCCCUUUUUAGACAUCGAUUUGAACGCUCCAGGUGAAUGCUGUUUAGAAGACGAAGCCGGAUAUUCUGCUCCCGUAGAGAUUAUUAGCUGUAUCUCUAAUCAAAAGAAAGAAGAACCGAGUUCUCCAUCUGUUCGUAGUUCGGGAGGGGGCCUUGAUCUUGAUCUGAACAGAGUUGAUGAGCCUAGCGAUGUGGGACAGUGCUCAUUGAGGAGUGCUGGUCAUAAUAUAUUGCAGGGACCCAUUGAACUGCCCAAACAGUUACAACCACCAGGCAGGUUGUCUCGUGAGGUUAGAAUGGACUUUGACUUGAACAACGGUCCUGGUGUCGAUGAUGUCACUGUAGAACAUUCAUUAUUCCAACCGAAUAGCCGUGGAAGUAUCCGAAUGAACAAUCCGGAGAUGGGGAACUUCGCUUCUUGGUUUACACCCGUGUGCAGUUAUUCAGCUGUCACUGUUCCAUCAGCAAUGUCUGAUCGAGGUGGGCCACCACCACAACCACCAUCGCAGCAGAUCAGUCCCUUUCCUCCUGAUCUUUAUCGCGGCUCAGUUUUGUCAUCAUCACCUGCUGCAGUCCCUUUUCCUUCUGCUGCUGCUGCUUCGUACCAGAUUCCCAUGUUUCCUUUUGGCACGACAAACUUUCCUCUCCCUUCCACAAGCUUCCCGGUCGGGUCCACUCCAUAUAUCAACUCCUCUUCUGGUGGAAGGUUAUAUGCUCCCUCCGUCAAUUCACAGUUACUGGGCUCCGUAGGUGCUGCUUCAUCACCUCAUCAGUUUCCCAGGCCGUACAUGGUUGCCCUUCCGGACAACGGCACUGGUAAUAAUUUAAAAUGGGCCAAGCAAGGACUGGACCUGAAUGCCGGGCCUGGAACCAUUGAUCUCAUCAAUGGUGGAAGGGAUGAAUCCAUCCUUUCAAGACAACAACUGUCUCUUAAUGAUCAACAGGUACUACUAGCAGCGGACGAGCAGCAUGCAUUAUAUCAUCCAGCAGCUGCCGGAAGCAUCAUGAAGAGGAAAGAGCCUGAUGGAGGAUGGGGGGAUAAUGAUAGCUUCAGGUACAGCAAGCAAUCCUUAUGGCAAUAACAGCUUGCCUAAAAAGAUGCCAUUCGGCUCAGCUCUUGAAUUGCAGUAAGUUUUCUUUCCUCAAUAUCCUCAUUUUCAUUACCUCAUCCAUCCAAAAAAUCAGUUUCAAGAUCUUUUAUACCACAACACAAGUUUGAUUUAAAAGUCAAUUCAUUGUAAGCCGAGACACAAGCGGUUUUAAUCAAUCGCUCCAUAAAUGCCUGAAAUAUUUAUUUAGGAACUUAAGUGAUCAUUCAUGCCAUGUAAAGGGUUGCACAUUGGUGGAGUUGAUUAAAAAACCAAUAAGUUGUACCCCAACCUCACUCAAGUCUCAAACACGACUUUUUUUCGGGACAGGGGGAGUAUUAAGUUUUGUUUUAAGUAACUAGUGAAUGAUUAUGUAACUAGUUGAUUAAAGUGAUCUGUUUCUUUUCUUUUGGAAAUAAUGUGAUGCAACUAAUAAUUGUGUACUUUAAGAUGACAUUUGCAAUUCAUUUGGAGGGUGUUAGGAUAGUUGGGAAGGGCACAGUUUGACAGUUAUUACAAUGUGACAUUAUGUUCUUACUGUAUAUGAAAAAAACAUUUUCAUACGUUCAAAUUUACAAAUUCAACAAUAAAAACACAAUCAAAUUACACUCCUAACAUUCAAAAAACAUCAAGUUCAUAAAAUUCUCCCAAAAGUAUUGCAGAACAACAUGAUUCAUACUCAUAACCACAUAAACUCAAAUCCAAACCUCUAUUGAACAAAUACAAUAUGACAUAAAUACAAACAUAAAUGCAUUUGUGUUUAUAUGAGUGCUAAGAUUCCAUGAAAGCAUUGGAAUCCUCAGUCUACACUUUCCUAGUCUAUCAAGCAUCUCGCUCGUGGCUUGUUAAUUGUUAUAUGCUCCACCCAUUUCAAAGCGAAGUUUAUAUUUUCCUUUUUUGGAUGUCCCAUAAUAACAUUUUCAUGAAUAUAGGUGUAAAUUGUAUUUUGAGACUAACACACACACACACUCUCUCUCUCUCUCUCUCUCACACACACACAGAUGCACAUUAUUCUAUACUUUGUUGCCCAUUUGCUAUUUGCUUUGUUUUUUUUCAGAGUCGGGUGGAUUGAACGCCGGCUGUGGUUUGAAGGAAGGUGGAUGGCCCUUGGUUUUACCCUACACCACACCGAUGUGCUUGGGGGCGCGCUUAGUUGAACCACCUCUUUCCGGAGCAAAAGUCGUGCGCGGGGGCGAAAGGCCUCUUCUUUGUCUGGGGCCAUCUUUUUUUUUUUCUUUCUUUCUUGGUGGGUUUUGAACAUAUGUUUUCCCUCUGUAGAUACUUAACUGUUGGGAAACUUGUAAAAAAAAUCCACCCAUAAAAGAGGAGGAGCUUAGUGACCCCUUUAGUUGAAUAUGAAAUACAGCACCCCAGAAGGA